UAAUAGAUAUAGUAUAACUUUUUUAAUCAUGUGAUAUAUCGUUAUGAUUACAAUUUUUAUGCUAUAACUAAUACUAAUAGUUAUAGUUACUAUAACUAUUAGUUGAUAGUAAAUUUAAUUUUAAGUGGUGACUUUAUUGUUCUUAACAUUCUAGAUGAUGGUACUCUUAUUUUUAUGUCACUCAAGUAUAUCCUUAAAAUUAAUGGUUUAUGGAUCUUGUGUGGUAAACUGUGUUCUUGUGAAAAAUUUGUUUUUUAUUUACAUGCUUAUAAUCUAAUUGAAAUAUCUUCUUGGGUUGUUAUUCUUUCUGGACAAGAAGUAUCACAUGAACCUUUAGAUGGAUAUUUAAUAUCUGAUGGACAACUUUUAGUUACUUUACGUAGUUUAGCAACAAAAUAAUAUUACAUUUGCAUAUAUUUAAGUUGUUAGUUUAACUGAUUAAAACUCAACAAAAAAAAAUCAUUUUUUUAGAUUUUCACUGAUUUGAAUUAAUUUUGUUUUAUUUGAUUUUCUUAUAAAAUAACUUGGUACAAGAGUUGGUACAAUAUAACACAUUUUACCAAUUCUUCUUUUAUUUUAUUAUAAAAAUAUAAUAGCAUAGCUGAAAUAUAAUAAUGUACCUUGAUACAUACUUAGUAAUGUUGAACAUAUGUUAAACAUUUUUGCAUAUUCUUUAGACCUUUCAUUUCAAUUUAAACAGUUUAACAUUCAUUCAGAAGGUCAUGUUUUUUUAAUAUUAUAGUAUUGUUAUACAGGAGAAGAUAUUGAUGGUUCAUUUAUUAACGAAAUAGAUGAUUUUAUGUUAAAGGAACUAAUUCCUCCAAUUAAAGACAGAGUUAUUUUUAAGAAAGAAUUAGCAUCAAAGAAUGUUAUAUGUGUAAGGUCAUCAUCACCUAUGUUAAACUCAUGUAAUGUAAGUUUUACAUUAUCACCUGUUUGUGACAAUAACGAGGCACCUACUAUUUUUGAAUCUUUUUAAGUUAUGUUUUGUUUGUUUGUAAACAUUUACAACUUUGUUUAUUUUCUUUUAAAUUUUAUCUUAUUUAAAAUGUUAUAUUAUUAAACAAAAAAAAAAUAAUUAAAUUGAUACAAUAUAUUUAGCCAAGAUUGUGGGUGUGCACGCAUUUUACACUAUUACGACUGUAUAAUAUAAAAAGUUGUUUCAUAGUUCAUGUCUUGAAUUUAUUUUUUAGUAUUCAGUCUGAUAAACUAAAUUGCCCCCUCUUCUCCUUGCUGCUGUAGAAAGAAAAGAAAUAGACUUUAGUAUUCUAAAAAGAUCAAAACUAAAGGAGUAUGUUAUGAAUUUUAUUUUUGAUGUCAUGAAGCAACAAUACGGGUUAUUUCCAAGUACAAGUAACUUCUAUGAAAUAUCAAAUGAGCUUUUCCUAAGGUAUCCUUCUCUAAAACCUCGUCACUGCAAUGGCUUUGAACUUCUUGUGCAUUUGUUGAAGGCAAAAUUUAAGCAAGUUAGGCGUCCUCUUCUAAAUGAUGAGCAAGUUGCAAAGUUUAAAAUAAAGUACUCUAGAAUUAAUUCUGGUCAUAAGCGAAAUUCUGUCUUGCUGAAUGAGUCUGUUAAUCUUUGCUCAGCAAAACGUCACUGCCAUCAUUCAAGUGAUAAGAAUGUGGAUGAUGGUAUAACUCAACAUAUUAUAAAAAGCAUGACGAAUGAGUGUCAGAAACUGCGCCCAGAUAUUGAAUUUUUGGCUCACCAGAUUAUCCUGUCAAUUGAGGCAUUAAAAUAUACAUGCCGAAAUGAAAGAACUUUAGAUGUCCUUAAUAAAUUCCCAGCACUUUACUAUGAAAAAUUUCUUUUUGCAGCAGCAAGAGUUAUAACAAAUAUAGUUAUUGACAAUAACUGCUUGUUAUUAUUGGGUAGAAUAAAGGAGGCAAUAAAGAAGUUAAUAGAUUUAAAAAAAACCUUUGUCAGCUAGAUGGCAAACAUUAUGCAAUGAGGUACUUGAUGAGAUUAGUGAUGCAACAAUAAAAAACCUUCAUUGUUUAAUUCUUCCAAGCAUUUUUUGUGAUGAAGAAGCACUUUUGUUCACCAUGACACUAGAUCCAAUCUAUCCAACUCCUGCUCUGAAAAUUGAAGGAGAUGCUAUAAAUCCAACACGAAUAAGUCUUGUAGUUGACGGGCUGACACUAAGCAAUUCUGUUCCAGAUGUAACUUGUGGUUUGGGUCUCGUCAUCUGCUCAUAUUAUAUUUUUGAUAUUGCGUAUCCAAAGAAACUACAAAAAAUCCUGUCUUUUCUAGAAAAUUACGUUUUCGAACGAAGGAGUAAACUUCCUGGCAACAUUCAAAGCAUUGCUAGUUUUUUGAACUUAUAAUAUUAAAUUAUAAAACUCAAUAACAUAUUGAUGUUAUUAAUUUGUUUCAAAAUCUUUAUUUAAA